AAGACAAAUAGCUCCAAAGACCUUUACGUACGAAGAAGCUGAAACCAAAUGUUUAUCCGUGUUUGAGAAGUCAACGGCAUACAAUACAUGCAUAGAAUACGUAACUGAUAUGGACAACUCCUCGUUGAAAAAUUGUAUAUCAGACUUGCAAUUAACUGGUAUGAUGGGAUUUAUAAACAUACACCUCGAAGAGGUGCUGGAGACUUGUUCAACGUUCAUUCUAUUGAAUUCCACAUUUCAAGACGUGAAUCCCGAAGUCACCUACCAAAUACAGACCCUUUGUCCAAGGAACUGCAGUGGAAAUGGUGUUUGCAAUAAAGGUAACUGUACGUGCUACACCGGUUAUGCUGGUAGUGAUUGUUCCUUUGAUUUGUCUGGUCCGCCUGAAAUCUCUCACAUCUCAGAUUUCGGAUUCUGUGACAAAUCUAAAGAAAGCUGUGAUGAGAUCACAAUCUAUGGGAAAUAUUUCAUAGAAUAUAUGAACACGCUCUGUUACAUGACAAGGCUGUUGUAUGAUGCGGACGGAAAACUGAUAACGACGGAGCUCUUUCAAACGACGCUAGAGGAAAGAACAUUGUUUGAGGGAUACUGCUCUCUUCAAUAUAGCAACACAGCAACAUGGGUGUCAUUUUUUCAAUUCAAUGUAUCUCAUGAUGGACAGAAUUUUACAGAAACUUUCGAUGUAUAUACGUUUCAAUCCAUGUGCCAGGAAUACCAUAAUGAUAGUGGGAAAAUAUAUUACACAUUUAAGGAAGGGUUUUGUUUUAUUGAUGGACUAUGUAUCCCCGAUAGAGCAACAAAUCCGGAGUAUCUAUGCGAUAUCUGCAAUGUUGCAAUAAACAGAUUUAGAUGGACAUAUAAUGAAGGGCUAUGUCUAAUUGAUGGAAGGUGUAUUGCAAGCGGAGAGAGGGAUAAAUCAAAUUUUUGUAGAUUUUGCAAUCCUGCAUCCAGCAAUACUUCUUGGUCUCUUUAUGAAGAGUCCUGCUUUAUUGAUAAUAGAUGUUACUUCAAACGAGAAUCAAGGCAGAAUAAUAAAUGCGAAAUAUGUAACCCAGACAAAAAUCAGAAUAACUGGACACUUAACGAAGAAUGUAUAACGACUCAACAUCCAAACACAGACACAAGUACAGAAUCCACAAAAGAAUCAACAACACCUGUCAUAGAAACCAGACAAUCAGCGGAAUCAACGACAAUAGGACAAUCAACAGAUUCAAAAUGGCUGACAUCUUCGUCAACUAGAGAACAAAUGGCAACCACAGCAUCAACUUCGUCUGAAGCAGAACACUCGACUGAUCCGCUGUCUGAUACCGAUAUUAUUAUCAUCUUAUGUACUUCAGGUUUUAUCAUUGUCGUGGUCAUCAUCAUUGCUUUUGUUGUCUAUCACAGUCGAAUGCGAACAAAAGAUUCCAAGACAAGAUGGACUAUUCCAAAUAUUACAAGUACAUCAAAAGAACUUCCUGGAAUAUCGCUGAUGAGCUACACGAAGAAUUAAAAAAAAAACAUUUUAUGAUUUUUUUUUUCAUACUGAAUAUAUAAGAUGAUAGCCAAAAUAAAAAAAAGAAUAUUUCUAAAGAAUGGUAAAUGAAUGCCAAACUCAAAAACCAUCAUCAGAAAAGGUGUUCUUUUAAUACAUUAUUAAAUCAUUCAAAGGAUUUAUUGCUCUAGAGGAAAGCUAAGGAUUUGAAAUUGUGUAACUUCUUUUAGGACUCCAAGUCCUCUAAUGAAUUAAAGUAUAGCUUCUUUUUAAUUUAACAUUAUGAAAUUUGAUGAAAGGAUGUUCCGUUUUUUGAAAUUGUUUUAAUUCAUCUGAUCUAAGCUUCUUUCUCGUCAAUGAGACAUAACUGUUAUUGGAUUUUCCUCGUAUAACAUGUUUACAGAUUACACAUAUACCUAGACAAAAUUUCAAAAGGAAUAUCAUAAAGGCAGGUACUUCAAACUUCAAAAUAUGAUAAUCUUAUCUUAGAGCUGCAAGAUCAUGCCCCAGGAUUAUGAAACAUCUUAUGCUUAAGGAGGCUAGGGGGGUAACAAAUUAACCAGCCGAUUUAUGUUUAAGUUAAUAUUUUAGAUAUGAUAUCUUAAGCUGUCAACUUUCAUUCGCCAAAGAAAAAUUUCAUACAUCUUAGAUUUAAAAUUUCAUAAUUUUUUAUAUCUUGAUAUGGAGCUCUUCUUUUAAAGGAGGUCAAAAUAGUCUGAAAUUGGCCAUAACCUCCCAGCCCCUUUAAGUCAAAAUCUUUGAUCACGCAGACAAAAAUUAAAAUAUUUGUCAAUAUUGAUUGACAAAACUAUUAUCAAUUGCAACAUUUAAAUACCAGUUUAAUAAUUAAUAAACAUUUUAUAGAUGAUUGAAAAUCCGAUUUAGUCUUAAGUUUGUUUCAUGAUCCUCGGGCCAGGUGAGUUUUUUUUACUCGAGGAGAAAAACACAAACUGACCUUACUGUUGUUAUCACUUGUUAAAUGCAUAAUGAAUGUCAUGUAAUUAAACAAUUAAGAUUUGUCAUCAAACAUGUUUUUUUCUCGAUAUAAACGCCUACAUAUAA